AAUAUUAAACAUUCUUCCUUCCUGGUCUUCCUGGAACUUUAGUCCAAAUAUCUUAUCCACCUAUCUAAGCUCAAUCUAUCUCAUUGCCCAUCAUGGCGCGCAAGUUCUUUGUCGGCGGCAACUUCAAGAUGAACGGGACUCUCUCGUCCAUCAAGGAGAUUGUCGAUAACUUGAACAAGGCUCAGUUAGAUCCCAACGUUGAGACCGUCAUAGCUCCGCCGGCCAUCUACCUCCUCUUUGUCCGCGAACACCUAAAGAAGGAAAUCGGCGUUGCUGCGCAGAACGUUUUUGACAAGCCAAACGGUGCCUUCACCGGUGAGAUUUCAGCCCACCAACUUAAGGACGGUGGUAUCGACUGGACCAUCCUCGGUCACUCCGAACGACGCACUAUCCUAGCUGAGAGUGAUGAGGUUGUUGCUUCCAAGACUAAGUACGCUACCGAGAAUGGCCUCAGCGUCAUCUGGUGCUGUGGCGAGUCUCUAGAGCAGCGAGAAGCUGGCAAGACCCUCGAAGUCAUCGCAGCCCAACUAGCUGCCUUAAAGUCGCAGAUCUCGGAUUGGAGUAAGAUCGUCAUUGCCUACGAGCCUAUCUGGGCCAUUGGCACCGGCAAGGUUGCUACAACCCAGCAGGCCCAGGAGGUACAUGCAUCUAUCCGUGAAUGGCUAGCCAAGGAGGUGAGCCAGAAGGUUGCCGACGAAACCAGGAUCCUGUACGGCGGCAGCGUCAGCGAGAAGAACUGCAAGGAUCUCAGCAAGGAGAAGGAUAUCGACGGCUUCCUCGUUGGUGGUGCCAGUCUUAAGCCCGCAUUUGUGGACAUCAUCAACAGCAGGUCUUAAACGAGACAAAACUGGCAUGUUAGCAGGAAGCUACCUCCAAUGAGAGGGAUGAUGAUUGAUAAUUAGAUGAGAAGGUUCAUUUAUGGACUAUAAAUCCUAGGCUAUCGCCUCUCUUCUCACUGUCUAAUUUAAAGCCGCAGUAAAAGCGGAUUAUCACUGGGUUUGGAAGU